AUGAAGUUCAUUUUCUUCUACGUCCUUAUUUUCAUUGCUGCAAAAUCAUCCCAGGCAGAUUUAAUUCCCAACCAAAUCCACCCUCUGCACCCGAAAACCGGGUCCUCCGGGAGCCAUGUACCUCAAAUCAACUGCCUCAGUUGGCGUCUAGCCGUUGAAACAAACAACAUUCAGGACUGGACAUUAGUGCCCCUUCAAUGCGAAGAUUACGUCGGGCACUACAUGCUUGGCAAACAAUACCGCGACGACUGUUAUAAUAUAGUCGCCGCGGCUAUUCAGUAUGCCAAAUCUCUCAAAAUUGGUAAAGAUGUUUGGGUAUUUGAUAUUGAUGAAACUACUCUCUCUAACCUUCCUUAUUACGCUCGUUCUGAUGUUGCAUUUGGCUCCAUAAAAUACAACGCGACGAAAUUCGACGAGUGGACAAGAGAAGGAAAAGCACCAACAGUACCAGCAGCUCUGUUUCUGUAUAAUACAUUGUUAUCUAUGGGUAUUAAACCAGUAUUUAUAUCAGGAACAAAGGAAGAGUUUAGACAAAUAAGAAUUACAAACCUAAAUAAAGUUGGGUACCAUUCAUGGAUUAGGCUCAUCUUGAAGGGAGUAAAUGAUACAGGAUCAUCAAUGAAGUACAAGUCAAGGAAAAGAGCGGAGUUGGUGAAAGAUGGAUACAGAAUUGUUGGCAACAUUGGAGAUCAAUGGAGUGAUUUGCUUGGUGAUUAUGUUGGUCAGCGCACUUUCAAAUUGCCUGAUCCAAUGUACUACAUUGCUUGAAACUUCAAACUGUCACUAAUUUUACGG